UAUGAACAAAUGGAUAACAACAGUAAUGAUAUCAGGGAAUCAUUCUAGAGAUAUGUAAUUGCAACGUCACGAUUGCGUGUAACUUAUUAUGACGUCACAAUAUUGUCUAAGCAUCAAUAGCCUUAGCGAUAGACACUGUCAAGUUGUGUAUAUCGAUAUGGGGUUGUUGCAGAGUUGUUUUGCGAAGAACAACAAGGUGGGAGUGAUGAAGGAGGAGGCGGAGGUGUACGAGAAAGUGCGCCGUGCCAUGGUCACUGAGGAGGUGACGGAGAAGAAGGGUGGGCUGGCCUUCGGUCUGACCUUUGUCUCAGAGGAGGAGCCAAAGCUGCCACCGCGCAGAUUAACAGAGCUCAAGAAAGAGGACUUCGAAAAAUGGAGGGACGAUCAGGAAAAGGUCCAGUCCCAGAAACAGAGGCUGGCUCAGCAGAGAAGGGAGGAGGCCCUCAUCCAGAAGAAGAUCGAAGUCGCCCACAGAGAGAUGGAGAGGCUGGAGAAAUAUGUCAAUCUCAGCGUCCAAUAACUGUCUUAUUACAAUUGAUUUGUAAUAAACAACCUUGAUCCCAAAAUUAUACACGUUUUUGUCUGCUUUUUUUUUCAUGUCUUCCAUGU